UACAAAUAUAUUGAUAAUUUGUCUAUUAUUGUUGGCAAACAUAUUACAACAAAUAGACAUAUUAAACGGUCAACAGUUUACAAAUAUGGGACAACCACCCGGGUUUGUAUCGCCCACUACUACUACUACUACUACUACUACUAUGAUGGCCAAUGGCCAACAACAAAAAACUGUAGGCGCCGAUACUAGUACCAAGAUCAUUUAUGUUGAACGCAAUGAUCCACCUAAAUUUUCUAGGACUGGCCAAGUACGUAUUAUGGAAAACUAUGAACAAUGCCAGCAAACUAAAGGCACGUUAGCUCCYGAAGUCAAGCACGUGUUACGUGCCUUUUAUAUUGGACGAUCAAAUGCCACGUGCGAUCUGUUCUAUGUUGACGGCCAUCGACGACAGCAAUUGUUUUCAUUGAUUUUGGCCGACAAUAAUCAGGUGGUGUCCAGUAUUGUUGACUUUUCGUUUGUACAGCAAAUCAAAGGCAAUGAACAUCACUGGCAUUCGUACGGAACGGUAGUCAGAGGUGCCUUCACUGGUGCACAAGUAUAUCGGCUGAAAGUCUACGACGACCUGCAAAUGCGAACCGACUGUUCCCGCGAACCGGGACUCCGUAGAGCUAACGUUACCGCUGGUCAGUUGCAAUUCAAUUUGCCGGACGGAAACGGUUUUGUUUGCCGCGGCCGACAACAGCCCGGCUAUAAUGCCUACGAACCGGGCUUUCUGUUCAGUCAAGUGCAUCGGGAGGCCAGACAACGACCUAACGUCCAGUUAGUUAUUAAUUCAAAGUAA